CGAUCCAUCGUAAACAAAACGUUCUUCAGAGUUUGGACUUAGCUACCUGCCUCCUGUAGCCCAGUGACAUUUGUUGCAUGUAAUUUGGAACGUUUGAGUCUUUCAGCAGUUUCAGUAUAAAUCAACAGGUUGAUAUCUAAGACUUUUGAGUUAACCGGAGCACAAUGUCUCAUAAGAACGAGCAAGACCUUACGAAGCUCGACUUCUACGAAAUUUUAGAUCUGAAAACUGACGCUGGCGAAAAAGAGAUCAAAAAAUCAUACAGGAAGAAAGCACUGAAAUGCCAUCCAGAUAAGAACCCAGACAACCCAGAUGCGGCCAAAGAGUUUGAUAGACUGAAGAAAAUUCUAGAGAUAUUACUUGAUCCAGGGGCACGUAAAGCUUAUGACAAGGUAUUGAAAGCACGGAAAGCUGCUAAAAUUAGAGCUCGAGAGGCCGAUGCCAAGACACAAAAGCUCAGGUCAGAUCUAGAAGAACGUGAACGCAGGGCCCAGGCGCACCCACAUGUAUCUCGAAAGGAAAAAUUCCGCCGAGAAUUGAAACGCUUGGAAGAGGAAGGGGAGCGUAUAAUUGAAGAAGAAUUAGAGAAAUUGAAUAAAGAAGUUGAAAGAGAACUAAAAGGAACACCAGGAGUUAAUGAAAAAGAACAUACAACAAAGGAUACUGAAGUAGGGCAUAAAGUGAAAGUUAAAUGGACAAUAUCUAGAGAGUCUCCUGGGUAUACUGAGGAAGAACUACGCCAGCUCUUUUACAAGUGGGGCGACAUAAAUGCAAUGGUCAUGAAGCAGAAAUCAAAGAAAGGAACAGCUCUGAUUGAAUAUAAAACGAAGGGAGGAGCAGACAUGGCAGUUCAGUUUGAAAAAGGGCAAAUUGGAAAGCCUUUGGAGGUGGUCCAUGUUAAAGCAGAAGCUCCAAAAGUACCUGGGCGUAAGGAGGUGCCUCAAGAGGAACAAAAGCAAGGUGGCAAUUAUGAUUAUGAAUCAAUUGCAGACAUGAACAUUCGUAGACAAGAAGAACGCCGUCGAUUAAUAGAAGAAAUUUUAAAAGAAGAAGCUAUGAAGUGAAUGAGUGAGUAAAUGAGAUAUAUCUGUAAUGUAGAAAUUAUACAAAUUAAAGAAUUGCAUUUUACAA